CUUAUACAAAAGCUCAUGUUCAGUACAGCAGAUCCUUAUUUGGUGAAUAGUUAUCUUGAGGAGAUCGCCAAAUCAUAUAAUGUAAAUUGGAAAAUGGAUCCAAGUGUGGAAGAUUCAUUAUUAGGAACAGAACUUACCGCCUUACCAGACAUGGAACUACUUUUGUCUUUGAAUAAUGACAAAGGAGGAAAUAGUCAGUUGGUAAGCGGUCCCGAUGAAGAAAUGUCCAACC